UCAUUGAUACAUCUAACAACUAUUAAUUUAUUCAAACUGCAACUCUUUGUAAAAGCAAGUCGUCUUUAUACAGAGAAUUGCAAGUAACGUUUCAUUUAGAAAUAAGAAGCAUAAGUGUUAAGCUGGAUUAUAUUUUUAACCCAUCCACGGAUCAAUUUGAUAACAUACAAAUCACGUAUAAAAGAAAAGACGAAUUAUUUUAUGUGCCCGUAAAUGUUUAAAAGUGGAAUCUAAAAAAUGAAGUUUUUUGUGGUUUUGCUUUUAGUGAUUAUUGGUGACUUUGUUAAAUCGGCAAACAUUUUGGCAGUGUAUCCAUGUCCGUCCAUCAGUCACCAAGUUGUGUUUCGUCCAAUAACACUAGAAUUACUUAAACGAGGACAUAAAGUGACAGUUGUCACUUCUGAUCCAAUGUACCCGAAAGGUGGACAUGAAAAUCUGACAGAAAUCGAUGUACAUGACAGAUCUUACGCUGCGUUGAAAAAAUACUUUGUCUCUCAUGUAACUGGAAGUAAUUGGGAUUUAUUAAAUCAAGUGAAAGGUAUUCUCGAUCUUCUUUCUGUUAGCUUUGAAGAGCUAAUGAAAACAAAAGAAGUUCAAGAUCUUAUAAAUAGUAAAGAAAAAUUUGAUUUGAUUUUAUUAGAAUCGAUAUACCCUCAAGGUUUAGCAAUUUCACAUACAUUUAAAGCACCAACAAUACUAAUAAGUUCAUUCGGACCAUAUGUAGAUAGUUAUAACAUAAUGGGAAUACCAACAAAUCCAAUUUUAUACAACCAUAUGUUUCGGCAGAGACUUUACAAUUUAACUUUGUUAGAUAAAUUAACUGAAUUCUACAAUCAAUUGGUAAUUCAUUAUGAAUUAAAAAAGAGAGAAGAGAUAGAGAAUGAUUUGCUUAAAAAGUAUUUCGGACCAGAUAUUCCGUCUUUAGGUGUUUUAAAAAAUUAUGCUGACAUGUUGUUUAUUAAUAUACAUCCUGUUUGGGAAGGGAAUACUCCAGUACCGCCAAAUGUCAUACAUAUGGGUGGAUUACACAUGAAGAAACCAAAAAAAUUAACCCAGGAUCUUCAGCAAUAUCUGGACGCGUCAGACAAUGGUGUGAUUUACUUUAGUUUUGGGACAAACGUACAACUAUCUUUGCUGCCGCAAAAUAAAAUAGAGAUAUUUGAAAAUGUACUUUCUCAAUUACCUUACAAUGUCAUUUGGAAACGAGAUACAGAGAGUGUUUUUAUAAAAUCGAAGAAUGUUAAAAUAUAUAAAUGGCUACCUCAAGCUGAUUUGUUAAGGCAUCCAAAUAUUAAAUUGUUCAUAACACAAGGAGGCUUACAGUCAACUGACGAAGCGAUCACAGCUGGUGUUCCUCUCCUUGGUAUACCAAUGCUAGGCGAUCAGUGGUACAAUGUUGAAAAAUAUGUUUAUCAUGGAAUUGGGCAAAGACUUUAUUUCGAAGAGCUUACCGAAGAAAAGUUGAAAAAUGCAAUUUUAGAUGUAGCUGAAGAUAACAGAUACAAGGAUAACAUAAUUAGUCUCCGUUCCCUAAUGUUGGAUCAACCACAGGCGCCUCUGAACAGAGCCAUGUGGUGGAUCGACUACGUGCUGAGACAUGGCGGCGCAAAGCACCUGAGAGCCCCCGCCGCUAACAUUACCUGGACUGAAUACCUAGAACUAGAUCUUAUGUUAUUCAUCGCUUGUUCUUUUCUUAUUCUAUUUGGAUUUACAUUCUCAUUAUUAAGAAUUCUAGUUUCAAUCGUAUCUUCGAAAAUCAAACUUGAUAAUAAACUAAAGAAUGAAUAA